AGCGUUUUUAAAUAUCUCAGGUCUAUCCUCUGACUCUUUUCAAUAUAGAAUAUUUUAUGAGUUAACUCUCUUGAAUUUUUUUUCUUCUUUACUCCUUACGUCUAAUUGCAUAAAUUAAUCCGUUGAAUCUACGUCUGCACCGCAAAAUCCAGGAUGAGCACCAACUGCAACCCGGACUGGCAACAUGCAGCCUUUUCGUUCUAUCGCUACAUCCCUUCUAUCGCUGCGGCUGUUAUCUUAUGCGUUGUUUUCCUUUUAUCCGCUAUACUACAUAUGUUUCAAAUGUGGAAAACAAGAUGCUGGUAUCUUACACCGUUGGUAGUUGGAUGUUUUUUUGAGUUUAUUGGUUUUACCGGCCGAGCCGCAUCGGGGGCACAAAAAGCAGGCUGUUGGACACUGGGACCAUACCUUGUUCAAACCAUGUUUAUUUUGCUUGCUCCCGCCUUGUUCGCAGCGUCCAUCUAUAUGAUACUCGGCCGAAUCAUUAUUCUUGUCGAUGGGCAAGACCACUCAAUUAUUCGACCGCAAUGGCUCACUAAAAUAUUCGUCAUUGGAGACGUCAUUUGCUUCUUACUUCUUGCGGGAGGCAGCGGUAUUUUGGCUUCGGGUAAAGACAACCCAUCUUCAACGAACCUUGGUAACAAUGUUAUCAUUGGCGGUCUUGUUCUCCAACUCGUCUGGUUCGCUCUUUUUGUCACAGUCGCGGGUGUUUUUCACUAUCGAAUGACGUCAAUUCCAACUGUUCGUUCGCGACAGCCAGAUUGUCGCUGGCAGAUAUACCUCCGAACGUUAUACGUUGCCGGCUGCUUAAUCAUAAUUCGAAACCUAUUUCGUGUUAUCGAAUAUGCUCAAGGGAAUAAUGGAUAUUUACUUACAAAAGAGGCCUUUAUUUACAUCUUCGAUGCCUUACCCAUGUUGGCCGUUGUGACUUGGCUUCACUGGAUGCAUCCGGGAGAAAUUGGCUUAUUACUUCGUGGUGAAAAGGCAAUCCGGAAUGGAUUUGAACUGAUACAAAAUCGUAACAAGAUCUAGAAGCAAUCAUUUCGGAAACAGCCAUGAGUGCUAGCUAAGUUUAAUGCGCUAUUACAGUGUGAUCGGCACACCAGAUUUUAAGUUCAUGAAGGCUGGGGAUCAAUCAUUAUUCUUAUUAUAAUCCCUUUUCUCUACGAAUACAGACCAAU